GCGGCUGCGCGGGCGGGGGCCGGAAGUGCGGGCGCGGGCGAGAGCGCAGGCCCGGGGCCCCGGGUCGAGGCUGCGCUCCGGGAGGCCGCCAUGAAGCGGGAUGUGCGUAUCCUGCUGCUGGGCGAGGCUCAGGUGGGGAAGACGUCGUUGAUCCUGUCGCUGGUGGGCGAGGAGUUCCCGGCGGAGGUUCCUCCCCGGGCCGAAGAGAUCACCAUUCCCGCAGACGUGACCCCGGAGAGGGUGCCCACCCACAUCGUGGACUACUCAGAAGCCGAGCAGACGGCGGAGGAGCUCCGGGACGAGAUUCACAAGGCGAAUGUGGUGUGUGUGGUAUACGACAUGUCUGAGGAGGCCACCAUCGAGAAGAUCCGCACCAAAUGGAUCCCGCUGGUGAAUGGGGGCACUGACAAGGAGCCCAGGGUCCCCAUCAUCCUGGUGGGCAACAAGUCAGACCUGCGGCCGGGGAGCUCCAUGGAGGCCGUGCUGCCCAUCAUGAGCCAGUUCCCUGAGAUCGAGACCUGUGUGGAGUGCUCAGCCAAGAACCUGAGGAACAUCUCAGAGCUGUUCUACUAUGCACAGAAGGCCGUCCUGCAUCCCACAGCCCCGCUCUACGACCCUGAAGCUAAGCAGCUGAGGCCCGCGUGCACCCAGGCCCUCACACGCAUCUUCAGGCUCUUGGACCAGGACCAGGACCAGGCGCUCAGCGACGAUGAGCUCAACGCUUUCCAGAAGUCCUGCUUUGGGCACCCCCUGGCUCCUCAGGCCCUGGAGGAUGUGAAGGCAGUGGUGUGCAAGAAUGUGGUGGGAGGUGUGCAGGACGACCGGCUCACCCUCGACGGCUUCCUCUUCUUGAACACACUCUUCAUCCAGCGCGGCCGCCACGAGACCACGUGGACCAUCCUGCGGCGCUUUGGCUAUGGUGACACGCUCGAACUGACUGCCGACUACCUCUUUCCACCGCUCCAUGUGCCCCCCGGCUGCAGCACUGAGCUCAGCCACUUUGGCUACCAGUUUGUGCAGAGGGUGUUUGAGAAGCAUGACCAGGACCGUGAUGGCGCCCUCUCGCCUGCAGAACUGCAGAAUCUCUUCAGUGUGUUCCCCACCGCUCCUUGGGGUCCCCGGCUCCCUCGUGAGGUCCGUACAGAGGCCGACCGGCUGCCCUUGCAUGGGUACCUCUGCCAGUGGACCCUGGUGACCUACCUGGACGUCCGGCACGCUCUCGAGCACCUCGGCCACCUGGGCUACUCCACCCUCUGUGAGCAGGCCUCGCAGGCCCACGCAGUCACAGUGACGCGGGCCAAGCAGCUGGACCAGGAGAAGGGGCAGACGCAGAGGAGCGUCCUCCUGUGCAAGGUGGUGGGGGCCCGUGGAGUGGGCAAGUCCACCUUCCUGCAGGCCUUCCUUGGCCGUGGCUUGGGGCACCAGGACAGCAGGGACCCCCCUGAGGAGCCCAUCACCCAUGCCAUCGACACUCUGCGAGUCAAUGGGCAGGAGAAGUACCUAAUACUGUGUGAGGUGAGUGCAGACAGCCUGCUGGCCGAUGCGCUUAGUGCCACCUGUGAUGUCGCCUGCCUGAUGUUCGACCACAGCAACCCCGGGUCCUUCGAGCUCUGCGCCAGUGUCUACAAGCACCACUACAUGGACGGGCAAACCCCCUGCCUCUUCGUCGCCUCCAAAGCCGACCUGCCUGAGGGUGCCCUGCUGCCGGGAUUGUCCCCAGCCGAGUUCUGCCACCGACACCGGCUGCCCGCCCCUACCCUGCUCUCCUGCGCUGGCCCUGCUGCACCUCGCACUGCUGUCUUCACCCAGCUCGCCACCAUGGCCACCUUCCCACACCUGGUCCGUGGGGAGCAGCCCACCACCUCCUGGCUUCAGGUGACACUAGGUGCCGUCGGGGCCGCUGUUGCUGUAGUCCUCGGCUUCUCGCUCUACAGGGUCCUGGUGAAGAGCCGAUGAGGCCCUGGGACCUGCAGUCUGCUCUCGGCCCCCAGGGUGCGGUGUGGGACCACCAGCUGGGGUGGGGGUGGGAGGCUUCUGUCUAUACUUCACUUUUGAGGAUGGGCCGCUCUUGCUGAGCCCCAGGGUGGACCCCCAGCUCCCAGCAGCCUGGAUGCUGCCUAGCCACAGAUCCAAGCGUUACCCACCUUGUGGGCAUCAUGGGGGGUGUGGGUGAGGAAGCCAGUGACCCCAGACCCAGAUCCUCAGGGCUGCACUCUUUUCUCGUCCAGGUGGCCAGUGGGUAUGAUGGGGUCAGGGGCAGGUGGGGGAGAUGAGAAGUGGCUGGACCUUGUGCAGCCCCCCAUCACCGCCGCCACUUGGAAUCGGGUUCAGGGCUGCACCCCUCAUGGGGGACAUGAGGCUGCAUUUCCUGAUUAAACUUCACUUGUGUCUUGUC